AUGGAAGGGUCCAGACCCCCAUCGCCCCGGGAUGAGCUGGAACUCAUGAUACUGGACGGGGAGCAGGGAGAGCAGAUGCCUCUCAACAACCUCCAGGUCCAGCCUUGCUCCGCCGAGGACCCUAUCCCAGCCCAGGUGGACAGGGAAAGCCCCUGGAGUCCCUGCAACAAGAGCGUGGUUGGAAAAUGUAAACUGUGGAUGGUCAUUGUCACCAUAUUCUUGUGUUUCACUAUAGUGAUCAUUAUAAGCCUAUGCCUUGUAGGAGUGACUUAUAUCGAUGAAGAUGAAAAUGAAAUACCUGAAUUAUCAUCAAACAAAACAUUCUUCAUCAUGCUCAAGAUUCCAGAGGAGUGUGCUAAUGAAGAGGAAUUACAUCACUUGCUCGCUGAAAGGCUCACGGACACGUAUAGACAGUCCCCAGCUCUGAGUCGUUUUUUCACUUCUGCUGGUAUCUUGGAUUUCAGUGUUGAAAAUGCCACGGUAACCUAUCACUUGCAGUUUGGAGUUCCAUCUGAAGACGAUGGCUUUAUGAAGUACAUGAUGAGCGAAGAGUUGGUGCUCGGCAUCAUGCGACAGAGUUUCCACGAUAAAAACGUAUCUACUUGUGAGAGUCUUGGGCUUGACCCCAAAUCUCUCUUUCUCUAUGAAUGAAGUGAUAGGGGUUGGGCUGUGUCAGAAAGCAGUGCUCUGUUGAGUCUCAGACUGAAGACAAUUCAAAAGUGUGUCUAGAAGUGACCAGAAAGAAGACAGUCCUCCCACUGAUUCUACACAGAUGUGAAGUCUGGGUCCAUCUCAGAAUUGCAGUUCAUGAGAGCUGUCGCUUCUGGGUUCAGGAGCUAGAAGUCAGGGGCGAAUCUAUGAUUCCACAACACGAGAUUCCCACUGCCUUUGAAGCAUUGGCUGCUCCUACUAGCACAUGAAUGCUUUUUCUGUGUUGCAAAGAUAAGUUAUCUGGCUUUGUUUUAGGUGGUUUCUGUUAACUCCAGCUGAUGGGGUGAGUCAAAGCUGCAUCAGGGUAUCCAGGGGAAGGAGGGGGAACCAACCAGCUGUUCACUGAAGCCUUCUCUCCACUCACAAUUAUCUCUGAUGGACCCCUGAGCCAGGGCAAGAGAAAAAGGAACUCCAAGACCUAAGGAGUGUAGCUCUUCAUCUUCCCCCACCACUUAUACCUGAUAGCUGAGCUCAGUUAGGCAUACAGUUGAAUAUUACAUACGGAAAGAUGAUUGAUGUGUCUUAAUUGUUCCUCAUCUCUGCAUUGUUCCUGAGAUGACUCUGUAUCUUUCUUUCUUUCUUCUUCUUU